AUGUCAGGUGCAAGGAGAUGGCUGGAGGAAACUCACUGUCCUUUCCCUUACUUCACUGAACCAACUCUUUCCAUUUACCAGAAACUUGGGUUGAAAAGGUCCAUUGUGUCUGUCUGGAACUCAACAGCCCUAGGUUUUUAUGGUGCUCAGAUGGCCAAGGGGACACCACUACCAAAGGCAUAUGCAGACAUUGAGGAUGACCCACACCAAAUGGGCGGGGACUUCAUCGUGGACAAACAUGCAAAACUUGAAUUUAUAUAUCAUAGUAAAGUGCCAAGCGAUAGGCCAUCUGUAGAUCUCAUUCUUGCAUCAUUGAAGAGAAUGAAUCAGCCUUAA